CGGACGAGUUCAGGCCCGACUGACAUGCACCCUCGCGAAAUCUUCGAAGUCCAGGUUUCUGACUCGGUCCAGCCGACUCAGCCUUGGCUGCAAAUGAGGUCGGGAAGCCUACCGCGGGAAUUGCUCGGGUGCGUAACAAGGUCCGUCACAUGCUCUCCUCGUUAUGGUAUAUGAGAUAGGCCAAAUCUAUAAAGUCAUCCAGUAAUCCCUCGAUUGUCGGAGCCUCUUAAAAAACCAUCAUUCCAUAGUUUUCAUCUUGUUCGACAGCAAAACAUCAUACCAACAUGGGCAAGAACGGGACGAACGCUCCGAUACCGCUAUCCAGCGAGCUCCACCUUUCAACCAGCGUCACCUACCCGCCCUACCGCAGAGAACGGCCCAAGUCUCAGGGAAACACCACCGAACAUAUCGUUGCGGAGAAGAGGGCUUCCAAGGCCUGUGACAGGUGUAGGAUGAAGAAGGGAAAGUGCGAUGGAACACAAUCAGGUUGCAGCCGUUGUUUGAGGAACAAUCAGCUUUGUACGUACAGCGAGCGGGUCGUGAUCAAGGAAGAGCCUACGUGGAACUGCUCCAAAACCGCAUCAAAGUCCUGCAGACCGCCCUCGAAGAACUCCUUCGUCGCCAUACCGGUGAUCAGUACCGCCGCGCCAACCCUGGUCGCAACGGUGAUAUCGCCAUCAACCAAGCCAUCGCCGAACUCGAUCUCCUCGGAAGCGUGGGCCAGAUCCCUGAUCGCGAGGGCGCCAUUACACCUGAGAUUAGAGUGUUCCAAGACAACGCAGACGAGUCGGGAGGAUACGACGAGGAGACGGCUGGUUCCAAGCAGAUAACUCCGCCCUCGUCCGUGUGCACCGGAACACCCAGUCCACGUCUGGUGUCAUCUGCUCUGAUCAGUCCCAAUUUGACACACUUGAACGCGGAUGAGUACCCCUUCCAGAGCUCCGCAGUCUCUUCACCCUCAUACUUCCCGACCU